UAUGUUGCACGUUUUAAAUGCCCCAUCCCUCCCAGUGUUAGUACUUGCUGCUACCCACCACUUGGUAAUUCCUCACCAAAUUAGCAUGGAAUCCACUUCCUAAAGUCUAGCACUAUUGAACUCUGCUGACUUCGUCCUGCUGUUUUCGCUCUCUCACUUGCAAAUCGUAUGUUAAUUGUUCUGUUAAUGACUUGGCACUGAGCAGCUGAACAUGCAUUUAAUGUUUAAAUUACCCCUCCCGGCGGGUGGCUGGAAGGCAGGCGGUGCCUACCAACCUCGCCUCCUAAGGGUUAAUCCUCGAUCUACCUCCCUCCCCAGUCUUCGUUCUCUGCUUGGGAGCUCUAGUAUGGCUCUGCAAACUGAGUGACUGUUAUAAAAAAGUGCAAGGAUUCCCUAAAAACCUGUUUCGAAGAGGACUUGGAACGAAGAAAAAAAUCAAAACCGCGAAAGCAAGGCAACAGCAUCCUGGCACAUUCCAUAAAGGUGACUUCCAGGAUAAAGGAGCACUUCCUAAAAUACUCAUGACAGCAAGGAAGGAGGGAGGGGGAAUGCGAGAGGAAGGAGACGUCUUGUGUUCCCUUUGAUCCUGCUGAGGGGCCCCCAAGUAGAUAAAACGUGUCACACAGCAGCUUCCAACAGCACUCCGCGGACAGCAACUGUACCAACAUCAGGACCAGAGGUCAGAGUCUAGCACCGACACCAGCACCUUGGCACCAAAGUCUAGCGCCGUGAACAGCACCUAGGAGCCAGUGCCAGCAGCGACACCACCACACGCAGGAUCACUGAGGGACCAGCACAGAGAGACUGGAGUUAGCACCGGGGUCAACCCCAUCUGGGACCCGUGGCUAGCAGCUGAAGGCAGAGAGAAAGAACAGUGUCUUAUAUGAUACCUGCAGACAGUGACUUUUGUGAGCAGCAUCAGCCGAAGGCAGUCCACCACAAGAAUAACUCAGUGAGGUGAGCCUGUCUGCAUAAAGCGUGCAGAGGUGACUGGUGGGGUUCAGAGCCCAGCAAACUGAUUGCUUAGGCACACUGCUGGAGAAACACAAUUCAUCUAAACGGGAAACAAUACAGAGGAGCUGCUGUAAGCAGAGAACAGACUUCUGGAGGCAUAACCUUCUGCUACGUGAGUUUCUGUUACAUCUUGCAGUGUAAACACAUUAUAGUCCAUUAUUUUUAUUAUUCGCAGUUCAGGAGUUAGAAUGACUGUCAGUGUCUGCCAACAGAGUCGUCUCACCAUGCUAAAGCUGCUGCAGGCAGUUUUCUUUCUGUUACUCUUACAGCUUAGCUCUGCAGUUUCCAAAAAGAGCUGGCGCAGCAGUCGAGGGAGUCCCCAGCCUCGUCGAGGGAGCACACAACCCGCCUCAGGCCGGGAGAAGGGUGAUACAGGUGGGGUAGCUGAGGAAAGCUUUUCACUGGAUUUCACGGCUGUUGAAAGCAACAUGGACGACUUCAUGACUCAGGUCAAGAACCUGGCUCAGUCUUUGUAUCCCUGCUCUGUCCAGAAACUUGAUGAAAAUAUGAAAUUACACUUCUUGGAGAAUACUUCAGUCACCUGCAAUGAUGGCACCCCAGCUGGAUACUAUCUCAAGGAGUCCAAAGGCAGCAAACGCUGGCUGCUCUUCCUGGAAGGUGGCUGGUACUGUUUCAACAAAGAGAACUGUGAUGCCAGAUACAACUCCAUGAGACGAUUAAUGAGCUCCAAUGAGUGGGCUCCCACGAGAACAGGAACAGGUGUUCUGUCUUCUCAACCAGAAGAAAAUCCUCAUUGGUGGAAUGCUAACAUGGUCUUCAUCCCGUACUGUUCCAGUGAUGUUUGGAGUGGAUCUUCUAUGAAAAGUGACAAAUAUGGCUAUGCCUUCAUGGGGGCACUGAUUAUUGAAGAGGUAGUGAAGGAGCUCGUCAACAAAGGCUUGGACAGUGCAAAGGUGCUGCUGCUAGCCGGAAGCAGUGCUGGUGGAACAGGUGUACUGUUGAAUAUGGAUCGUGUGGCAGACCAACUCCAAGCAAUGGGUCUACAGGGCAUUCAAGUUCGAGGUCUGUCUGACUCCGGCUGGUUUCUUGACAACAAACAGUACAGACGAACAGACUGCAUUGAUAGCAUAACCUGUGCUCCCACUGAAGCCAUUAAAAGAGGAAUCAGGUACUGGAAUGGGAUUGUUCCAAAAGGGUGCCGACAGCAGUACAAGGAAGGGGAGGAAUGGAACUGUUUCUUUGGCUAUAAAAUCUAUCCAACACUGCGAUGUCCUGUCUUCAUCGUCCAGUGGCUUUUUGAUGAAGCCCAGUUGACCGCUGACAAUGUCCACCUGAGUGGGCAGCCUGUCCAGGAAGGUCAAUGGACAUAUAUUCAGAACCUGGGUCGUGAGUUGAGAAGCACACUGAAAGAUGUGUCUGCAAGCUUCGCACCAGCCUGUUUGUCCCAUGAAGUAAUCACCAGAAGCCACUGGAUGGAGAUUCAGGUGAAAGGCACCUCCUUACCUCGUGCACUUUACUGCUGGGAUCGCAGCCUCCAUGACAACAACAAGCCAGGCAGGGCUCCAAUAAAAGGCUGUCCUGUCCAUUUGAUUGACAGUUGUCCAUGGCCACAUUGCAACCCCACAUGUCCCACUAUCCGAGAUCAGUACACCGGCCAGGAAAUGAAUGUCAUUCAGUUCCUUAUGCACAUGGGCUUUGAUGUACAGAAAAUGGCACAGCAGCAAGGCGUGGAGCCCAACAAACUUUUGGGCAUGCUCAGCAGUGGCAGCUAAGUAACUUUGGAGAAAGGUACAUGCCCUAUGAUUGUCUUCUGUACGACCCCAAAAAUAGCACCAAAAAGUGGGUCUCAACAGGGCCUCCAACUUAACAUGAUUCUGAGUAAACAUACAUCCAGGAACAAGAAAUGACAAGUCAGCUGUUUCAUACCUGUCUUGUACCUUCCUGUGGCACUGUCCAAAUUACAGACUGCAGGACUGCAGGGGGAGCUCCUCCGGAAGAGGAAAGCAAGAAAAAGCCCUUCAUUUUCUUCACAGACCUCAUAGUUGCAACCUUCCCAAAUGAAGUUAGAGAGACUCUCACGUGGUUUAAAGCACUGGAUACUCUGCCCAAUUAUAUCAAAGGGAGAGAUCACUUGGCUGUCCCUAGAACUGUAUCAUAAUGUACAAAGAGGCACAAACUAUAAAAUGAAUUUGUUACGCUUGUACUUAAUAACUAUUUUAUGAAGUGACUUUUUAUUACUUAAAGAAUGUGUCAAAGAAAAGCUAUAAUAGGAAUGAUAUUGUGCAACAUAUAAAUCUCACAAGGUCCUUUGGUCCUAUUUAUUUUCUGUAAAUCAUGUUUAUAAGUAUUGAAGAAGGCAGAGAGAUAAUUACGUACAAUGAUCUAAAGUGUAAAUAUUACUUUUUGAUCUCAUGUCUUGUAACAAAACAAAACUUCUACAUUAUAUUAAGUAUUAAAAUUCCA